UCCAAAGGUUAAACCCCAAAGUCAAAAGAGAGCCCCCCAAAUUGAGCUCCGUCGCUAAACAGCCGUGCGAGUGAGCUUUCACAGAGACGAACAACCAGAGCUCGAUUACCCAGGAACGGACUUCGUCAACCUAGGGAAGUAUGAGUGAAGCCCCUGUAACUAAGUCAAUGGAGUCAAAGAAACCAGUUACUUUGAGUGGUACAGCUAAGGAUGCGAAACACGCCCCGACACUUGGCCUCGUUGACAUAGGUGAAAGUAAACGUGCUUACAUCUUUCGGGUUUCCCUACCUGGUGUCUGUAAACCUCAGUGCAAUGUAAAGCUCGAUAUACGGGCUGAUGGGCGUGUUGAAAUCAAAGGACUAAUGCAAGACAGUCAGUUUAUCAACAAUCAUGCCAAGAAAUACAAGCCCAGAGUCCAACAACUAGCCCCAUCUGGAAACUUCAACGUCGUGUUCAACUUACCUGGUCGGGUUGACCCGCGGUUGGUCUCACCCACUUUCCGAAACAGCGGGAUACUGGAAGUUGCGGUGAUGAAGCAUACCCUAUCCAACAAUCAACCCAUUAACCCGGGUACCCCCACCCUUGCUUCCUAGAGUGUUGUUUCUGUUUUAUUAGGGUCUGGUGUUAAGUCAACUCGGUGUUAAGAAACCCAGUUCUAGUUUUAGAUGUAUUUUUUAUGUUAUCAGCUCUUAUGAUUGUGACCAUUCUGCAUUAGUUUUACUUGGGUUUGCUUUCGCCGGGAGUAA